GAGGAGGCCUGCGUGUGCGAGGACGAGUGGAGCUCGCCCCACCACAAGGGUUGCAAUCAGGUGCGGGGGUGCCCCUCGCCAGCCUGCGACGGCUUCAACAAGACGUGGUGUAUCGUCAAGAACCCGAGCUGCUCCACCCGGCGGGAAGGCAGCCACGGCCUGCACUGGUCGUACUGCACCCCCGACGGCGCCCCGGAGGCGAAGGCCGAUGCUGGGCCUCGGGGCCUCUGGGACUGGCGGGCCAUGUACAGCGCGCCGGCCGCGAAGCCAGCGGAGGCGGGGAAGCCGCGUCCGAAGGCGCCGACGGGCAGGCCCAGGCAGACGCCGAUGUUCGGCGCCCCGGGCUCGACCACCGUGUACGGCAGCGGCGCCGCCGAGCACAGAAAGGGGGCCCGCCGCCAGGCUUGGAUCCUCUGCGCGGCGCUGCUGGCAGCCGCCUUCGGCCUCGCGUGAGCCCGAGCCCUGGGACCCUCGUAUACGGGCCCGUUCCGGCCGGCGGCCCCGGCCGGAGCGGGCCUCGCCUCUGCGGGGGGGCGGCGGUGCGCGCCGCGGCGCGGCCCCCGCGGCCGCGCGCCCGGGGCGGCAGAGAGCACUCCGCGAGCCGCCCGAGGGGGGAGCGGCGCCGAGCGGUCGCGGGCGACGGCUGGAGCUCGAGCGCGCGGCGGCCCGCGCGGGCCCGCAGCUGCGGCGCAACAGGAAGGCGAGGACGACUGUCGGCGUCCAGUCCUUUCUUCAGCUGGUGUGGAACACGCUGGAGGCCGUGUUCGACGGCGGCUACGAGAUGUGCCGCCUGCUGCUGGCCGCCGCCGCGGACCCUCGGGGGGGGAGCAUGUGGAGCUUCAUGGACACCAUGAUGGAGGAGCGUAUGGCGGAGCUGAAGUCGGACAUGCAGUUCGAGGCAGCGGACGCCUCCCUCCUCGACGCUGGGGUCCAGCUCGACGACGCGGAGAGCGCUGGCGAGGACGCGCCUGGCCACGCCCUCUCGUCGGCCGAGUUCCAGCACCAGUUCAAGGGCGAGGGCAAGGACGAGGACGGGGACUCGCCUGAAGAACAGGGAGAAGCUGCUGGUGGCCUAGUGCUGGGUCAUCGACCUCCUGUGCCCGAGUUCCCCAUGCUGGAGGGCAAGCGCGGGACCAUCAAGAAGUUCUUCGAGAGCAAGCCCAAAGCCACCUUCGUCAGCGGGCCGUGGAAGGUCAGGGACAAGGACUGGGAGGAUCACCUGCCAGAGGAGUGCCAGGACACGGACCCCACGGAGGUGGAGAUAGCGGAGGUUCAGGAGAUCUUCGGACAGCUGUCGAAGCGGCAGCUCGAGUCCGAGGCCAAUAAGCAUGGGGUGUCCACGCAGGCCUUCCUGAUGUGGGCCAAGAUCACCUACGGGGUGGCGCUGGACGAGGGUGCGGACGUGCAGUCCACCGACCGGCACGGCCAGACUCCGCUGUUCUUCGCCCCCGACCAGGACAUCUGCAAGCUGCUCGUUGCGAGGCGCGCGGACGUCGCGGCGCUGAACCACAAGGGGCAGACCGCGCUCCACCUCGCCGGGCGGGCAGGCCUCAAGGACGUCUACAGCUACCUGUCCUCGCAGAUGACCGGCGCGCUGGCCGAUCACACCGACAUGCACGGCGCCACCGCGCUGGAGUACGCGAAGCAGGCGGGUGCAUCGUGGGCCGACACGUCAACGGCAUUUUCGGCAUCAAGAGGAAGAGGCGCCACCUCGGCAGCUGCGCGUCCCGUGCAGGCGAAGAGCAGCAUCCCGAUGCCCCCGUCUCCGAGGGGCCGGUCGAGCACCGGGGCGCGGCAGUCUCCGCGAGGGGGCGUUCCGGAGAGCCCGGGCUUGGACAAGAAGGUCCUGGCCGGACCACGCUCCGAGGUCUCGCCCGCGUUUGCCCGCCUGUGGGCGCCCGGUGUCCUCAAGAGUAUGUUUGCCGAGAAGGGCUUCGGCUUCGUGACCCCAGAUGACGGAAGUGAUGACUGCUUUGUGCAUGUCAAGGACAACCCAGAGCUCGACGGAAUCGACUCAGGAGGUGACGCAGUGACAUUCGACAAGGAGUGGGACGAUCGCAAGGGCAAGUACAAGGGCGUCAACUGCAGGGCACUCGCUGGAGCCAUGUCGAGCCGCGGCACCCUCAAGAACUUCUUCGAGGAGAAGGGCUUCGGCUUCAUCACCCCCGACGACGGCAGCGAGGACGUGUUCGCACACGUGAAGGAGAACCCCGCGCUGAACGACUGCCAGCAGGGCGACUCCGUGUCCUACGACGCGGAGUACGACGACCGCAAGGGCAAGUACAAGGGGAAGGGGAAGGGCAAGGACAAGGGCGGCAAGGGCGGCUACGCGCCGUACGGCAAGGGCUGGUGA